CCGGGGACGAAUGCCUCCGCCUGCGCCGAUGGCAUUCGGACGGACGGGCUGCGGAACUGCGCCGUCAGUGUCCGUCACUCACGGCUGUAUGGAUCAGAGUCUCUGAUUCAGAGACGGUUCAGGAGUCCGAGUAGAUGCCCAAGACAUCGUUAAGCGCGGCUCAUCGCGCUCAGGUUUUAUCACAUCUGUUGUUCGGGGAGGAGCCCUUGUGGGCUCAUUUUCAUCGAGGCUGCAUUCAGAAAACCACCGCAGAGAUUUGAAAACACGGUGUCAAUUCAACCAGGCUCAUGAUCAGGCUGCAAAGAAGAGCCAAGUCAAUUUGAUCAUCUCCGACCCAUGUCUCAAAGGCUUGACUGGCUGCGCAUACAGACGAUCUUGCGCCACCAAAUGAGUAAGCCCAGAUCGGUUUCGGGGGUGCUAUUCCCAUAUAAAAGACAGCGAGUCCUUAGCAGAGGAACCAUAAACCGAAAUGGCCUUCCUUUCCUUAACUUUUGUUCUCUCCCUCGCAGCGGCUUCCAUGCCUGCAAUCUAUGCGCAAAGCGACAACUCUACCACUUUCGACUGGAACGCACUUGCAGCCACCCCAAAUCUCACCUGGGUCGACUGCUACGGCUCCACGUUCCAGUGCACCCGCCUGCAAGUUCCAUUCGACCACUCGAACCCCAGCGCCGGCACCGCGGGGAUCGCCAUUCUGCGACUCCCGGCGACCGUCGACACAUCUUCGAAAGACUACCGCGGCCCGAUCUUGUUCAACCCCGGCGGACCCGGAAGCGGUGGCGUGGACGCGGUGCGGGCCGUCGGGCCUAGUUUCCGCGCUCUGAUUGGGGGAGAGUAUGAUUUCUAUGGAUUCGAUCCGCGUGGUGUCGGAUUCUCGACUCCAUCUGCCACAUUUUUCGGCGCAUCGGAGCGUGCGCAGUGGAAUGCUGGGCUCUUUCCCACAUCGCUCAACUCGUCCUCCGAGGCUGUCAAAAGCAAGUGGGGAGCAGCGCAGAUCGUCGGGCAGCUUGCGGCUCAGCGCGACACGACGGGGAUCUUCAAGUACCUCACGACGGACAACGUGGCGAGGGAUAUGCUGUACAUUUCGCAGAAGGCGGGAUACGAGAAGCUAAGCUACUACGGAAUCUCGUACGGGACGGUUCUCGGUGCCACCUUUGCUGCUAUGUUUCCUAACAAGAUCAAUCGCAUGAUCAUCGACGGUGUCGUCGAUGCUGAAGCCUGGUAUCAUGCCAACCUCACAAUCGCAGCAACGGACACGGACAAAGCCCUGCAGUUUUUCUUCACGAGCUGCGUCUCAGCCGGUCCCAAAGUCUGCGCCUUUUACAAGUCCACACCCGAGGCCAUCAGUGCCCGCCUAGAGAAGCUGACGAACGCAGUCCGAGCGGAGCCCGUCCCAGCGGUAACACCGGCUGGGUAUGGUCUGGUCGACUACUCGCUCCUGCGCUCGGUCGUCUUCCAAGCGCUCUACACUCCAUACGCCAGCUUCCCGGUCCUGGCGCAGGGCCUCGCCAAUCUCGAGCACGGCGACGGAUCGAUCAUCUUUGGCUUGUCCGACCUCGCUGCACCGCUGUUUCAGUGCACCCCGGCGGACGAGAACGCCGGGGACAACGGGUUGGAUUCAGGGAUUGGCAUCGAGUGUGGGGAUAUGGCCGAGGUCACGGAUUCCAUCGAUCAGUUGACAGCGAAGUGGCUGCAGGCGUCCAAGGUAUCUCGGUUCGCCGAGUUUCCCGCUGGCUCGAUGAGAGUUCAAUGCUCGGGGUGGAAGCUCCACCGUAAGGGGCGCUUCCUCGGCCCUGUCUCAGCCCGGAACACCAGCUUCCCGCUGUUGAUCGUCACGAACGUUGCUGACCCCGUCGCACCAUCCAUCGGCGCACGAAACACGCAAUCCCGGUUCCCAGGCUCGGUGUUGCUCACUCAGAACUCGCCCGGUCACACGACGCUGACCACCCCGUCUCUGUGCACCUACGCUCAUUAUCGCGCGUAUCUUGUCAACGGGACCCUCCCCGCAGUCGGCACAGUCUGCGAGCCAGAGGCCAAGUUGUUUGCGCCCGCUGCAGGAAACUCGGCGCGUGCGGUCUCUGCGAUUGGUGACCUGGAGCAGGUUGGGCAGCAUAUUGUUCGUGGGGUGAUCCGCAAGGGAUUGUUCUGAAGAACACAGGUACAUGCCAGAUGUCCGCGUGUCAAUUAGACUACUUUUCUUGAUAAUCUAGGCGAAUGUGCUGAUAUUCCAUCACGAAAGCGGCGGCAGUAGCGGAGCUCGUACCGUAGUAUUUAGAAUAAAGUUUGUGGUUAUAACCACAAGAAGUGAUUACUUUCUAAGUGGUUGUAACCACGGCAUUAGGCUAAGGUUCC